AUGACUGCGGGAAUGUCAUCGACAGUGCUUCGGCUUCACCUCUUGCUUGUCGUCUGCCUCGUUUCACAGUUAUUGGAUUGUGGAACGGCAACCGAAAUCCGUCGAAUGUCAGCGAAGCGAAUGCAGCGACCAGCCUUUCUCUUUGAUGCCUGGGGUAAACGCAGUGUUUCGCGAGAACCGUCGUGGAGUUUGGUGGGUGAGGAUGAGGACAAUUAUCUUGUAGUCAUCCCCAAGCGCGAUUUUAAAUUGGCAAUGGCAAACGCAGAAGACGAAGCGGAAAAUCCGUUCGGACUACGACAGUUGGCGUCCAAACGCGGCGCAUACCUAGAUCUGCCAUGGGGUUAA